CGCAACAUAGCAGCGCGCAGUAUUCAUUUCAUACUUCGUCCAUACGUCACCAGGUUAAUUAGUCGGCACCCUGAUUUUAUUUUAUUAAAAUUCUAAAGUCAAGAAGACCUGUUCUGCCGUUCACCCCUGCGUCGAAAAACCACACAGUCGCUCCACCUUCAGUCCAGUCGCAAAGCACCAACGAAACCAUGAAGACCAACGUCGUACUCCUGCUCCUGGCCUGCUUGGGUCUCGCAUCGGUGGCGACAUCCCAGUCCAUCUACUGCGGUCGCCGCUUGGCCAUGGCUCUGGACCUGGUCUGCGACGGGCACCUGAUCAAGCGGUCCGAGGUGAAGCGCGAGCCUGAAAUGCAGUGGCCCUGGAUCGAAGCACAACAAGCUCUGGGCGGCGGCUUCCGGCGCAAGCGACAGGUGGUGGCGGAGUGCUGCGACAAGCCAUGCACCGUGGACGAGCUCAUGACCUACUGCCACUAAACUAUUCCUCGUUAACCGACUGUGGGAGGACGAUGACUACUCCUCGUUCAUCGACUGUCGGGGGAGAGGGAGGUCGACCCGGCAAAUGUUUCAACGGACCCGAAAUUAUGUUAUUGGAUUAUAUUAUUGAAAUAUGUUAUUGGAAUAUGUUAUUGGAACAUGUUAUUGUAAUGUAAGAGAAUAUAUAACCGCGCUUAAUCCAUGCAUGCCAUUAUAA